AUGUUCAAACUCGCAAAGUCGCUCUUUCGAAGGCAACCAUGGCCCCAACUCAAAUUUCCGACAUCUGGUUUCAAAGUCGUCAGCGAGGCGGUAUUGUUUGAGGAAGAACAGCUUGAGGAGUUUCACAGGGGCGCCUACUAUCCUGUCAACAUAGGAGAUGUUUUCGCAUCGAAGUACCAAGUAGUAGGCAAACUUGGUUUCGGUGUUACGUCAACUGUUUGCCACCAUGCCUACACGACCUUGAAAGUUUUCACAAAAGAGGGAAUGGACGAAGACGAGUAUAACAUGUACGACAUCUUGAGCAAAGGCAAUGCUUCGCAUCCAGGAUACAAUCACGUCCAGACAGCUCUCGAUUUGUUUACUAUUCCUCGGCAAGGUGGCGAGCAUCGAUGUCUUGUUCAGAAACCAAUGUGGGAUAGUUUCAGGGAUCUUUUGAAUAGAAAUCCUGCGCACCGCUUCACAGACGAGCUUCUAAAAGCUGGGUUGUCGCAGGUGUUUCUCGCACUUGACUACCUCCACACAGAAGCCAAGAUCGUACACACAGACAUAACAGCCGACAACAUCCUCAUAGAUAUUGAGGACCAGGACAUCUUGAAAGCCUUCGUUAACGCAGAAAUGACAACUCCCUCACCACGAAAAGUCGUAGACGGCAAGCCGAUUUACGCGACACGCCAGUUUGGAUUGCCGAAAGAGUAUGGUCGUGUUGUCCUCGGAGAUUUCGGCUCUGCAGUCCGUGGAGACAAGCCUCAGAUCCAUGACGCGCAACCAGAUGUCUACCGAUGUCCAGAGGUUAUGUUGAAGACUGAAUGGGGUUAUCCAGCUGAUAUCUGGAAUGUUGGAGCGAUGAUUUGGGACCUAUAUGAGGAUAAACACCUCUUCUACGGCAUCCCAACCGAAAAGCGAUACCUGACCAGAGCUCAUCUGGCGGAGUUAGUCGCGAUGCUCGGCCCAUCGCCGAUAAAUAUGCUAGAAAGAGGAGCGCGGAGUGAAGGAUUCUUCGAUGGUGAAGGGAAUUGGAUAGCCGAGAUAGACAUACCACAAGGCUUGACGUUAGAGACGUCAGAAGAGAAUCUACAUGGAGAGAAGAAAGAAGAGUUCUUGCAGUUUGUGAGAUGCAUGUUGCAGUGGAGGCCUGAGGAUCGGUGGACCGCGAAGGAGUUGCUUGGGCAUCCUUGGAUAAGAGGAAAUUCGAUCGAUUGGGACGAGAAUGAUGGCAUGGAGGUCGCGUUGCCUCGAAGCAAGAUCUUCCUACACUCGAUCAUAAACUGUGCAGAAAGCAUAGUACCGAGGCCUAGCAACAAGUGA